UAAAUUGACGAUCGAUUUGUUCAACCCUUAAAACACGUCGAUAACAAAACGAAUGAUUUAUACCGAUCUAAAACUCUAUCGAAAGUAACAUGUUCUCGCAGAAUUAGGUGAAAAGAAAAUUCUUGGAGAUGAAUGAAUGACGGCGCGUCAACUAGAUACAGGACUGCUCGCGGCAAGGGCAUAGGCCAUGCGGCCCGUUGAUUGGCCGGUCUUUGAAGGGGCAAGUUUAGUCAGAGGCCGCAAGAGUGCGCGUCCCGCGCACUCGUGUUAGAUCUCGAUGGCGACCGAGAUGUGCCUGAGAGACGAGCCGCGAAAUGCCUAGCUGUGUAGUGUUUGAUUCAUCGUGAAUUCAUUGUGAUCCCCGUUUACUCGAUACGAUCGGGAAACACUUUGCAUGCCUCCACCGUGUCAACACGCCAUUAUUGUUACGGUCGUUCGGCGCGGUGUGUAUAUAUUUCGCCGUGAGUGUGGUGCGUGUGUGCGUCGUGUCGAAGUGUCGAGAGUUCACGCCGAAUCAUCGUCGUCGCUAGGAGAGAGCGAGAAAGUAAGGACGAAGAAAGAGAGGUACGAUGUGUCUGCGUUUCAGCCCGUACCAUUUUUUCGUCGAUAGUUGACAUUUUCGAGGAUGAAACAGAGGUCUCGCCGGAGAGACGCAUCGUCAUCACGGCACUAGCAAAUACAAGCACCGUCGGAUAUACCGAGUUUGGUUUAACCAUGUCUACUAAGAGGCGUCGUGGGCCUAAAUUAAAUAUAGAGCGUAAAAUAAUACAUGAAGGCCAUAAUAGAUAGGAUGAGUGGAUCUCGACAGAACGAAGCACGUUGCUUCAAUGAAAACUCUCCACGGCCACCAGUGCCUGGAGAGGAAACAGGAAACUACAUCAGCAGGGUCCGUCCACAGAGUCCAACUCUGACCCCUAGGCGUUCUUCUCUUACAACACCAACAGCUGCAGGUUGCGAUGCUUCGGCACCUUUGGGAUUUGAACCGGAAGGUUGCUGUAGUACGACAACUAUGGAAAGUGAUUCGCCACCUGCUUGCUUGCGGUGGGCCAGGAACCUGCAUUCUUUGCUGCAGGAUCCAGUGGGCUUGGAAUUGUUCAGAAAAUAUCUGGAUCAAGAAGGCAGACCUCAUGCAAAUCCUCUUAAUUUCUGGUUCGCCUGUGAGGGCCUCAAGGAACAAGAUGAUCCUGAAAGGAUAAAUCAAUUGGUUAAACUUAUCUACAGAAAGUUCUUCCUCAAGUCGCAGUUAGCUAUACCUGAAGAUGUACGAAAGGAGGCUAAUCGUCGGGUUAAAGAAGGGCGGGUGGACGAAAAAGUAUUUGAUGCUGUACAGUUGGAAGUUGAGCGUCUCAUUAAUGAGACUACAUAUCCAAACUUUCUUCGAUCCGAUAUGUAUCUUCAAUACGUUCAAUCCUGCCAAAACCCGGAUUCUGGUGGAUGUCCUAGUUCAGGAUCCAGUCGAGAGAUGUCUGUUUCUUGUGGGCCAAGUUUAUUGCCCACUGUCCACGAAGACAGUGAAUUUGUUAGUUCCAUACAUAGCUCACAUUCAGCUAGUGAAACGCCUGGGGAAUUGAGGGGUGAGCUGAGAUUGACCAAAGAUAUGCUUAUGGCUACUCAACAAACUAGGGCGAUGGAUCUUCGGCCGAAGCCAGAAGCGUAUGCUGGCAUUUAUUUACAACAUGGGGCUAGUCCAUAUAAUAUGCUCGCACUCAGACUGCACGCUCAAUAUUCCUCAUACAACCCAGUAUCCAGACAGGAUUCAGAACUUCAAAGCUUGAGCAGUGAUGCACGAACUGAAUCAGACAAUAUGUCUCUCACCGAUUCAUCAGUUGAUGGAGCGUCAAUGAGUAAACAACGAAGUAAAAAGCAGUAUAUAAGACAAUCUAGAGCUAUUAAAGAUUCAGCUAGUUUAAAUCGUGAUCCGCUGGCUCAUCAUACUAUCAUCCCUCGUACACAGCGAGUACCACGUGAUUUAAUGCGUCCUCUGAAACCGGAAAAAUUUGCUCAAGUGCUUAUUGAAAAGUUGGAGAACGUUAAACGCGAACGAGAAUCUCAGGAAAAAUUUGAUAGGCAUUUGCAGGAGAGCGAUACUAUUAAUAAGGAUGCAUCAUUGGAGAUGUCAAGUGGAGCACCGAAAGCACUAGCUGAUGCAUUGAGAGAAAAGUUAAUGAUAGAAGAGGAUAAUGAUCAAGCGAUUUUGGACCAACACGUGUCACGAGUUUGGUCGGAUCUAACGCCUUCUCGAUCUCCUGGACUCUCAUCCCCAAGACUGCAUUCGCCUGAAAGAAGACGUUCUACGCACAAUUAUUCACGGCCGUACAAACAGAGAAAAGAAAAGGACGUGUUCUCUACGUUUUCAGCAGAUAGUGGUAAUAUUCACGAUUUUCAAGAAGGCAGCGAUCUUGUCGGAGCUGGCUCCAUGAGUUCACUAGGAUCUCACUUGCCUAAAUCUAAAUCCGUGCCAUCAGAUUAUGCCGAUUCCCUCCAUAAACAAGACCUAUAUCUUCAAGGUCAUGAUCAAAGAUUCCGAAGGUCAGACAUGACUAGAAGAUCAGCCACAAAGAAGUCUAUGACGGAAUUAACUGACAGUGGUGUUAGUGUUGUAAGUGACGUGCCACCAUCUACAAUUAGCAAAGAUAUUCGUCUUUUAUCGUGGCUUAAAGAAACUGACAAGAAAGCGGAUAUCAAACAUAGCCGCCAUGGGAAGAAGUAUGGUUCUCGCAGUGGCUCUUUGGAAAGGACAAACAGGGAAACAUGGGGCGUUCCUGCUCAGCCUUUUGUUGCAGAUCCAGGAAUGCCACCUUUACCACAACCUCAUACAGCAACCCAGUUAGAAGAAGCAAGAAGAAGAUUAAUAGAAGAAGAUAGAGCACGCUCGAGUUGUAAACAACGUCAUUCUAAUAUUUCUAAACAAUCGUCGUACGAGCCUACAAUGCAAAGUCAAUCUUAUGUCCAAUCAAACCAAUCAACGUUAAAGAAGACGAAGCAAGAUAUUGGAGAUUUUACCACCGUUGUGUUCAGUUUCUGUGACGAACAGUUUCCUUAUAGGACUAAAAUUCCUGGUCAUAAUGUCACUUUAAAACAAUUUAAAGAAUACCUUCCUAAGAAAGGCAGCUAUCGAUAUUUCUUUAAAACCGAGUGUGAGGACUUGGAUACGAAGGUUAUUCAAGAAGAAAUAACUGACGAUUCUGAAGUCCUACCGUUAUGGGAGGGUAAAGUUAUGGCGCAAGUCAAGGCGCUCGAGUGAUAGACUGAAACAAGGAUUAUUCUGAAUAAAAGAACGUGCUAACUUCGAACAAGUGCCGCAACUAAUUUUAUUUAAGAGGACCAGCAUUCUAUAAGAAGAAAACCACAAUAAGGCGAUAUUCGGUGUUAGUUUAUUGGAGUUGCUAAAGCGGUUUCUUCCGCUUAAGUUAACCGAGCAAGUGCUUUUAAUCGAUAAAACAAAAAACCUGUUAAACCAGCAAAACCGUUAUAUGUUUAUUAAGUAAAAGAAAAAAAAAAGAAAAACAAAACGUCUUUAGAUAAAUAUACAUAAAUUUUAUUGAACAUUUA